AUGGCAAGCCUCAUCAGCCUUGUGGUCAAUGGUCAGCACCUUCGACCACAGCGUGAAGGAGGAAAGCAGGAACUUGGACUACUUGGAGCGCCAAAAGCAUACCGUUCAAAAGCGCAACAGGAUGGUAUGAAAACGAUCACGCAAACUCAGGACAUGUCAAAGUUCCAAUUUCCCUUUUCAACAUUUCUGGCUCUUGGCAUCUCUUGGGCAAAGCUAGCAUCUUCGAUGGGCGCGUCUCGCAGUGCCAACAGAAGAUCGCGAGACUGUUUGGUAGUGGGGCUGAGGAGUGGCUCUGGCUGGCAUGUUGGAUGCUCUUCUGCGCCCACGUUGGGGAACGCGUUGGAGGAAGCUAUUAGUGAAUGGCAGCAAACUUAUGAGCAUCCUCGGCUGAUUCACACCUCCAAGGCAGCACAGGCUUCGUUGCCGAAAGAUCAAAGCAUCCCUAGCUGCCAAAUGAUACCAGAGCCUGUGGUCACCGAAGGAAACAAUGUUGCCUUUGGACUAGUUUUUCUUCCAUGCAAGUGGGCUUCGAGAAUGAAAGAUUUGCUUGCAGAGAUACAAGAGACAGUCGGUUGGCCUGACCGCGCGCCGCUAUUGGGGGUACCAACUCAAGGAGAGAGACUUUGCUUCACAUCAGCUGAGCAGGACCCAACAAAGCCAGCCGCCCAGGCUGUUCUUUUGGAUGAGGGUUCUUUGGAGACUAUCAGCCACGAAAGUAUCCGCAUACAAGACACGAUCGAUGCAAACCCUAUUUUAAGCAUCCAGGUCUAUGGAGGUAAAGUGAAUGGCUCUAUGUUGGCCGGGCGCAACUUCCUUGGGCGCGAGUCAGUGGAUGUGGAGUCUGUUCUUAUCUUUGGUGAUGUGGGAAGCGCUGGCGUCACCCGCCGUGCCAUGGCCUUGCUAGAUGCAUGCUAUCCCUUUGCGCAUAAGGCUGGGCUGUUGACUGAUGAGGCUGUUGGCUUGAAAGGCAGUGAACCGACGCAGGGAACCUGCGCCUGCGCAGUUUUGCUGCUGCCAGGAGCCUUGGGCUCCGCAGUAAACCUCUGCGGAGUGCGACCAUUGGCUGAGCUGCCUGUGCUGAGUGUGAAGAUGUGUGAAGAGUUCAAUCGUGACCAGGACCUUCUCGCUGCCGCGGUGCCUGGAGAUCGGAAACCUUCCAUAUCUGCGGCAGAGGCCAUCCAGGAGAUCGCAAAGGAUGCUGGAGUCCGUGAAGCAGACCUUUGGGUGGGUCUUCCACGCGUGGCAAGUCGAGACUCUGCGCAGCUACGAGUGGCGCCUGGUGCAGGAGAGUGGGCUUUAUACCCAUGGGGCCUGGUUUCAGUUGAAGGGAGUCUGCUACUUCAAGCAAACCCCAGAGCAGAAGGCGUUUGCCACAAGACCAUCGAUCGCGUGAGAAUUUUCACCACCGAUCCAGAUCAGGAGGCGCUAGGCCGACUUGGUCGUGCCUAUGACCUGAAUGCACUGGCAACUUCAGAGUCAAGUGAGGUGCCCUAUGCGCGGCUUUGCUUUGCUGCGGGACCUGGUCCUAUCAAAAGCGUUGACAAUGAUGUUCAACUGGUGGCAUUUGGCCAGGCUCUCAUUGGGUGUCCAGGCACCUCUUAUCCUUUCUCUGGUGAGCUGAAGAGGCCAAUCACCACUAUGCAUCGACAAGCACUUGGGCUAGUGAUGCUUUACUCAGCACCCAGCCUGGUACCGAAGGCGUCAGGGGCGCUUGAUACUGGUGCUGAAUACUGCUGA